AUGGAUCUCAAAUCGGUUCAAGAUCUCAAGGGCGUUCUUCGGUCUGACUUCUUUCACGGGUAUGCUACGGCUGCGCCGCAGAUUGAGGGCGCUUGGGAUAAGGACGGCAAAGGAAUCUCGAUCUGGGAUAAGUUUGCUCAUAUUCCUGGCAAUAUAUCGGACGGAAGCACACCCGAUGAGGCUGUCAGAGCAUAUGAUUUUUACCGCGAAGAUGUAGCGCUUAUGAAGUCCUAUGGCGUGAAUGCCUACCGCUUUUCACUUUCUUGGUCCCGUAUUAUCCCCCUCGGGGGAUACAAUGACCCUGUCAAUGAGCAAGGCAUCCAAUUCUAUUCAAAUCUGAUUGACGAAUUACUUCAAAAUGGGAUCACUCCAUUUGUCACUCUCUUUCAUUGGGACACCCCGCAGGCCCUCGAAGAUCGAUACGGAGGCAUGUUAAAUCAAGACGCAUAUACGCCCGACUUCAUACGCUAUGCUCGAGUGUGCUUUGAACGAUUCGGCGAUCGUGUCAAGCACUGGAUCACAUACAAUGAGCCUGGUGUAUAUACUUUAGCCGGCUAUGCUGCCGGUGUUCACGCCCCGGGGCGUUCUUCCUUUCGCGAACGGAACUCCGAGGGGGACUCGUCUGUCGAGCCAUUCACCGUUGCACAUACACAGCUAGUCUCCCAUGGACAUGUGUCCCAUAUGUAUCGCGAUGAGUUUCAACCACGUCAGAAAGGGACGAUUGGAAUCACGCUACAUGGAAACUGGUCCGAGCCUUGGGAUGAAGAGGAUCCACUUGACCAGGAAGCAGCUGAGCGAGCGCGUGAGUUUGAGAUUGCCUGGUUUGCUGACCCACUGUACAAGACUGGCGACUAUCCCGCAUCGAUGAGAGCCCAACUAGGAGACCGGCUGCCCCGGUUCAGCCCUGAGGAAUCUGAGCUUGUUCUGGGAAGCUCUGAGUUCUAUGGCAUGAACAGUUAUACAACAUUUUUCAUGAAGCACAGAACAUCACGUCCGGAUAUCAAUGAUCAUAAAGGAAAUGUUGAGAUCCUUGACGAAAAUAAGCAAGGAGUACCGCGCGGGGAAAAAAGUGAUACGGAAUGGCUCCGCGCUGCACCUGGGGGCUUUCGAAAGUUAUUGAACUGGAUCUACAGCCGUUACAAAAUGCCAAUAUUUAUCACGGAAAACGGUACUACCGCCCCAGGAGAAGUGGCCCCGACGACUGAGAUCUUGAAUGAUACUUUUCGAAUUCGAUUCUUCGAGGGAUAUGUGGGCAAUGCGCUCGCGCGAGCUGUCAAAGAAGAUGGCGUCGACAUUCGCUCGUAUUUUGCGUGGACAUUUACUGAUAACUGGGAGUGGGCCGCUGGCUAUGGAGACCGUUUCGGCUCAACGUGGAUUGAUUUCGAGUCUCAAGAGAAGAAGCGUUAUCCCAAGCAAUCGGCAUACUACCUUGAUAAACUCUUCAGGCACUUGAUCAAAGAGACUUAG